UUAUCUUCAGCUGCAGGGCUAGACGUCAAAAAAGCGUGAUUUUCAGUUCUAAAUAAGUUUGUUUUUCGAUUUUCUGAAAUUUAUCAAGUUUGUAGCGUCGAAUAUUACUUUCUCGCUGAGCAAUUAUAUUGAAAACACGAUGCCUUCCGAUCAGAUCCAGUAUUCAGAGAAGUACUACGACGACGUGUAUGAAUAUCGCCACGUAAUCCUUCCUUCGGAUUUAGCACGAAACGUUCCAAAAUCGCAUUUAAUGACCGAAACGGAAUGGCGUAAUCUAGGUGUUCAACAGUCGCCUGGCUGGGUGAUGUAUAUGAUGCACGCCCCGGAACCUCACAUUCUACUUUUUCGACGACCACGAACGGAUGUACCCAAGAAGCCGACCAACGCUGGUGCUGGUGCAGGUAACGAACAGGGUUCCUCCAAAUUAGCGGUGUAAUGCUCGAGCAUAUAGAAUGCCUUGCAAACAUCCGUGAUCCAAUACAGAGACUAAGUACGUUCUUAACUAGUUAUUAAGAUCUGAAGAUUUAUAUUUCCUACAAGAUGCUUUGUAAAUUUCCUGAAUUUCUUUCAAAGAGAAAAUGUUGGUUUUUGUUUUGUUGUAAAAUAAAAUUUCAUUUUAUUUAAAACAAUGUA